AUGUGGCCUCCAACUCUCCUUGCCGCAACCUUCACCCUCUUCAUCACCCCCCUCGAAAAGGUCUUUUACCGCGCAGACCUCUCCAUCGCAUACCACAUCUUCGCCGCGGCCUCAAUCCACCUCUCCCUCGUCCUCAACGCCGCCAUCGUAAUGACGCCCCUCAAGAACAAAUUCCAAAACAUUAAGAAGAACGAACAAGUCUUCUCGCAGACAGGUAUCUUCAACCGCUGGCUCGUCGAGUGCUACCUUCACAGCCUCUUCUUCCUCCCUAACCUCUUCGGCCCCAUCAUCGUUUGCUGGGUACUCUUUGCUGACAACAGGUACCUCGAUAACCUCGCCCAUCUCUACGGCUUCGUGAUUGUCGCAAAGGCAUCGUGGCUCGUAUGGACGGUCUCGGAUUACCUCCCCCAGCACCCCUGUGAAUCAACCCAGAAGUUUCUCCUUGCUCUACAUAUUUGGCUCGAAGAGCUCCCCGAGGAGACUGUGGCUGCGAUCGACCGCAAAUUGUUCCGCACUGAAUGGUUCUUCCUUCAGCUGGUCGCCGGCUUUGCUUGUACUAGUUUGGUCUGUAUGCUUUACACCAUGAUUGUCGACACGUUCCGUCCGUGCUUGCAGCGUCUCAUCGUCCAUCACACUGCAGAGGUCCUCAUAUAUAUCGGAGACUUCAUCUUCGAAGUGGGUCGUUGGAUUGAGGGCCUCGUGGUGAGGCGACCAUUUGGGAGGAUAUGA